ACAUCUGUUUCAUGGUACAUGGUAUUACUGAAAGCUGCAGAGUCAUAUUUCUUGGAUGUUAGUCCCAGUAAAAUUUUGUAAUAAUUUCAGGUAGUACUUGACCACCUGCCAUGAGUACUGGGAAGUGGGGCUUCGAAAUUAUUUGAAUAAUUUUUCGGGCAUGAUUUUGAAUACAUUACUUCACAGAAUAGAGCAUAUUCGAGACUUAGCGUCACUAACCCAAGCAGUCAUUAUGAUGAUCGUAAUACUAUUUAUAUCAGUUUAGCCAAGAUCACAAAUCAGAUCAGACCGAUCCAACUACUCUGUACGUUACAGCAUCAUCAGCGGCAACUCUAAUGACACUCUAACAAUUAUUGAUCUAAUAAUAAUCAGACUGAAAAUGAAUGUUAUAGCGCAUGUGGUCUGUAUUCUAUGUGUGUCCGCAUCAUCGGAAAUCGGAAUUCAUUGCUGGUUACGUACCUCCUAGUGUGACGGGACUGGGACGUCGCGAUUUCCAUUCUUGUGAGGGUGUAAACUGCGGUCGAAAUUAUGUUUGCCAGGAAAUCGGUGCUCCUCGUUGGUGGGAGUGUCGACAGCGCCCGGCAUAUCCUGCCUGCUACGACCGAACCGACAUGAUUGUCCCGAUAGAGGAGGAUUUUGGCCGCGAGUCCGUCGGGGUAAUGCAUAUUGUCCAACCGGCAUGCCACAGCUACUGCCGUUCCAACGCGGACUGCCAGGCGCCCCAGAUUUGCUGCAUGAGAAACUGCGACCGAGUGUGUUACGCCGAGCCGGAGUGGACUUCUAGUUCUAAUUAGAUACAUUCCAGUUCUGGAUCCGUUCUCCACGCGGUAUUACGGCAACCUAUUGAUAUUACACGUAUCUCUUUAAUCGGUGUAUGGUGCUAUUGCUGUUUAUGUUUGUGCUGGUAUAUUUUUUACUUUGUACAACGCUUACAUGAAAUUUACAUGAAAUGUACAAUUCGAUACUUUUCCGUAAGGUGUAAACACGUUUUGAGCAUUUUACCGCUACCGUCGGUUCUUUUUCGCGACGGCAUAAGUUCAUACAUGUUAUUCCACGCCUGUAUGUGUUUUAUGUAAUAACUGGAUUUCCUGUCAAAAAAUGACUACUCGCCGCAAG